GGAGCCUGAAGAUGUAAGUGAACUGCUGUAAUUUCAUGAUAAAACUUGAAUAGAUGAGGAGUUGCUUCUUAUGGAUAAGCAAAGAAAGUGGUCUUUAGAAGUGGGAUCUACUCCUGGUGAAGACGUUAUGAACAUUGCUGAGGUGACAACAAAGGAUUUAGAAUGUUGCAUCAAUAUAGUUGAUAGAGCAUCAGCAGGGUGUUAGAGAAUUGGCUCCAAUUCUGAAAGAUGUUCUGUGAGUAAAAUGCUAUCAAACAGCAUCACAUGCUACAGAGAAGUACUUCAGGAAAAAGAGUCAAUCAAUGCGACAAACUUCAUCAUUGUUUUAUUUUAAGAAAUUGCCACAGCCACCCCAACCUUCAGCAACCACCACCCUGACCACUCAGCAGCCAUCAUCAGGGCAAAUCCCUCCAUCAGCAAAAAGAUUACUACUCACUAGAGGCUCAGAAGAUGGUUAGCAUUUCUUAGCAAUAAAGUUGCUUCUAAAUUAAGCUAGCUCGAUUUCAACUGCUACUGCAGCUGCUCCACCACCAUUUUCAGAACCCAAAUAAUUGCAGCCGGCUGUUCCCAGGAUGGUGAUCUGUGUUUAUAUUGCAUCUUCUUCUGGUUCUACGGCAAUUAAGAAGAAACAGCAAGAUGUGCUUGGUUUCUUGGAAGCCAACAAAAAAGGAUUUGAAGAAAAACAUAUUACAGCCAAUGAAGAGAAUUGGAAGUGGAUGAGAGAAAACGUACCUGAAAACAGUCGACCAGCCACAGGGUACCCCCUGCCACCUCAAAUUUUCAAUGAAAACCAGUACUGUGGGGACUAUGAUGAUUUCUUUGAAGCCAGAGAAAAUACUGCAGUGUAUGUCCUUUUAGGCUUAACAGCAUCUCCUGAUUCAAAGGAAGCAGAAGCCCAGGCAAAGCAGCAAGCAUGAACCUUAAACAUUCUGUCUUAUCCUGAAACAGGAAAGUCUGUUGCUUUUAUAAAAUAGCAAAAUUAUCUUGGCUUAAAAAGAUUUAGGCUUAAUUUUUUUUUUUUUUGCCAUGAAAUGGGAAUUUAUUUGUUCAGACUUUUGAAGCUAAAGGAAAGUCCAAAUCAAGGAGUCUUCAAGGCGAUGCUUUCCUCCUGAAGACUGAUGUUCUGAAUUUCAGUCUGUUUAUAAAGAACUCAAGUCAUACGAUGCAGACCUGUCCUGACUGAGGUGGGCCAUACCUUAACUGAAGUAACCUCAUCAAAAGGUUACUCAUACCUACAGGAAUGGAUUAAAUUUAAGAACACAUUUUUCUGGGGUACAUACAGCUUCAAACCACCACAUGGGCCUUGAGUGAUCUUUGAAAAGGAGAAAGGUGUAAGCCCUAGCAAAGAAACAGGAAUAACCAUGGUAGAAAAAGAGAAUAGGAAAGAAACCUCCCUUAUUGCUCCUCACACUGGAAGUUAGGAGUAAGAAGAAGUCAAUCACUGGCAGCCAUUUUUACAUCUUGUUUUUCAGAGAACCAUUCUUCUUAGGCAAGUCCCCUCAUAGUGAAGAAGUUGAUUCUGUUUUUCCAUUUCCUCCAACAGAAUAGUGAUUAACUUUUGAUUUCCUGAUGCUUUUAUGUCAACAGUCAGAUUUUAUAGUUUUCAGUUCCUAUGUCCACCUGUCCUCCAUAUAUAGAUAGAUAAAAUAGUCCUUCCUAUUUUAAUGGUAUAUUUUAAUCACUUAAGUACAAGUCUCCAGAUUAUAUACCUGUAGACAAAUCAAAUCAAAGCUAUCCUUCAUUAUGUGUUUACUAAAUGCCAGGCACUGUGUGAAGCAUUGUACAUAUAUUACCUCAUUUACUCUUCACAAAUUUCCAUUAGGAAACUAUUAUUCCAGUUUUUCAGAUGAAAACCACGAGGGCUGAGAGACAGUAAGUGAUUUUAGGCUUAAUGUUGAAAUAAUAGAUUAGUUAACAUUUUUUCCCUGCAAAAGGUCAAAAAGGAUACAUGAUUAAAAUGAAAAUGGUAUCAGGAGAAUGGGAGGUAAACAUAAAAUUUUAAGAUGUCCCAGAAUAGUGCUGUUACCUGCCAAAACAUUUUACGUACUUCAUUGAUUUCAAAAAGCAAACACUCAUCCCCUUUUUGGUAUUAUUGCAGCUUAAGUAUAUUUGUGGCUCAACUUGUUAAAUAUUAAGGAAUUUUAAACGGAGAGAUCAAGAGAGGAUCUGUCUCUUGUUCCCAAAUAACCUCAUUAAUUUUAGUGAACAUGAAUAUGUAUAUUUUUAAUGUUACAUUAAUGUGAUUAAAAAUAGUUCAGGUAAUGUUUAUGAUGUGUCAAUCAUUGUAAUUUCUUAUGGUGAUUAUAACUUUCCCAUUCUUUUGUAGACGCAACUUCUGUGUACUGAACCAUAAGUUUUGCAGGCGUCUAAAUGUAAUCUUACAUUGCACAUUUCAGAGAUCAGAACAGACUGUGUCCCCUAAAAAAAAUACUAGAUGCGUUCAGUUGAUAAGUUCUUUCCUUAACUACGUAGCAAUGAUGAAAUCAUGUUUCUGAGUUGCUUGCCCCAGUGAAAUAUGCAUAUAUGUGUCAUGGAAGUGGAUGGCAAGUAAGUUUAAAAUGGUAUCCUCUUGCAAAGAGUUCUAUAUAAGCUAUUCUAAAGUAGGCUGGCACUCAUUGCUCAAGACUGGCUUUACCUGGGGAGGUCUAAAGAUGAACCGAAAAAUCUUAGUGGUCCACCCCCUACCUUAAAGCACUUGGAUCCAGGAAUUUCAGUAUCUCCCAGAUACCUGUCUUUUUUUUUUUUUUUUCAUGUUAGGCAUAUAUUGUGUGUAUCCAUUAAUCUAAACAGUGUUCAUCUUUUCUAUGCCUCUAUUCCAGCAAAUAUUAAGUACAAUUACAAGAAACAUUAUGACCUAAAUAACUUAUCCAGAAGAUAUACAUAUUGUCCUUUAAUUCCACACUACUUUAUUACUAAAAGCAAAUACCUUUAUUUUAUCAAUUGAUGUAUGCAAGUCUAUGCUCUGCCGAAGUCAGCAUAUAAUAGAUACAUGGCUUUGUUUACUGAGAUUCGAACAUGAUGCAAUGCUUUCAAAUAAACUCAGUACUUUUGGAAAUAUAAAAAAAAAAUGUGAUUAAUGUACACUAUAUGAUGGUACUAUAAACAACUGAUUUGUUUACACUUUGGAUGACUGUAUGGUAUGUGAGUAUAUCUCAAUAAAAUUGAAUUUAAAAAAAAAAAACCCUCACUGGAGAGAGAACUUCUAGGGACAAUGGAGUAGGGAGCUACAGUACUCAGUCCUCCUCCAAAAA